AUGUCGCGCGCAAAGUUCGCGUUUCGCCGGCGACACAGCCGCUUCGUCCUCGAUGAGCUGUACUCGGACGACGACGGUAGCGAUGACGAGUUUUCGCAAUUCCCAGACGGAUUGCCACCGCCGCAGGCGCACGCGGCGGCGCACGCGGGCGUGGAUCACGUGCGGAUAUCGUUUUUGGAAGCGCGGGCGUUCGGCGAUCGCGCCAAGGGAGCGAUGGCGGAGGGAGCGUAUCUAGGGAUGAGGAACGCGAUAUUGGAGCGAUGGGCGAUCGACGGCGCGUGCGGGACGGCGCUCGAGGAAAAAGACGUCGCGCGGGCGCUCGGGGCGCGCGAGGCGGACGACGUGGCGUAUGCGGUGGAUUUGUUUCGGUGGUUGGAGGAGAACGGGGGGAUAAACUAUGGGAUCUUCAAGGAGGCGGCGAAACGCGAGAGCGACGCCGAGACGAAGGCGGACGCGGACGCGAAGGAUGGGGACGCGCCGACAGAGGCGCGGGUGACGAAAGCGUUGAUUGCGGUGCUUAGAUCGGCGGAUUUAACGGUGGAUACCGAGAAGGCGAUUCGUCACAAGCUCGAGGCGCGCAUGGGUGUUGGAUUGAAGGAGUUUAAACCAGUCAUUCGCGAGACGAUUGAAAAGUUUUUGGCCAAUCCGAGCGAGUUCGCGGACGUCGAGGACGACGCCGAUGACGCCGGAGAGACGAUUACGAUGGCUGAGAUUCCAUCGCGACCGGCCCUUGUGGAUGCGCGACCGACGAUCGUGAUCGGGGCCGGACCCGCCGGUCUCGCAGCGGCGACGAUGCUUCGGCGACAAGGUUGCGAAGUCGUCGUUCUUGAAGCGCGUGAUCGCGUCGGAGGGCGUGUGUACACGGAUUCAGAAACCUUCAGCGCUCCCGUAGAUCUGGGUGCGUCAAUCGUCACUGGCGUGAGUGAAGAUCCUAAGCAACGCACUGGGAUGCCAUGGCUCGGCGUUCGCGCUGAUCCCAGCGGCGUCGUCGCCAAACAGCUGGGCUUGAAUCUCGUCGAACUUCGUGAAGGCUGUCCGCUGUACGACACCAAGACUGGUGAACAAGUUUCAAAGGAAAUGGACGAGAAAGUAGAGCGCAUCCGUGACUUGGUCAUGGAUGAAGCUCGCGCCAAGGUGGAUGCGGGCGGGGAAAGCCAAAUGAUAGGCGCUUCGCUUGGCGAGGCUUUGAAGGAGGCGACGGAGAAUUACUUUUUGAAGCUCGUACAAGACGACGGCAACGACAGUGAUGAUAGUGAGACACACGCCGCUGUACGGACCGAGCAGGCGGCUCGAAUGGGUCAGACCGAACGCCGCCUGCUCGAUUGGCACUGGGCUAAUCUUGAGUACGGUUGCAGCGCAUCGUUGAAUGAUAUUUCGUUACCACACUGGAACCAAGACGAGACGUUCGGGGGGUUCGGCGGUGCACACUGCAUGGUUAGUGGUGGCUAUGGAACGAUCAUGUCUCGACUGGCGGAGGGUCUUGAUGUUCGUCUCGGUAUGCCUGUUGCCGAAGUGCGUCACGAUGCAAACGGCGUUGUCGUUGAAACGAAAGAUGGGCAGCAGAUUGAAGGUGCUUCCGUCGUCGUCACCGUCCCGCUUGGUUGUCUCAAGGCUGGUGACGUGAAGUUCAGCCCACCGCUCGGAGAUAUGAAGUCGAGCGCGGUUGAGCGUCUCGGCUACGGAAACUUGAACAAAGUUAUCCUUGAAUUUGACGAGGCGUUUUGGGAUCAAUCGGUUGAUUAUUUUGGCUCCGCCAUCGAUAGUGCAGAGAAUCGCGGGCGAAGUUUUAUGUUUUGGAACUUAGUGCCAGUAAGUGGCAAGCCCAUGCUGAUCUCUCUCAUCGCCGGCGACGCCGCGAAAUCGGCUGAAACCGAAGGUUCGGAGUCCAUAGUGAAAUCUGUUCUUGCGACGCUGGCGAGAAUCUGUUUCCCGGAAGAUCCGUCGAAGAUGCCUCCUUUGAAGCAAUCUCUCGUUACUCGAUGGCAGUCCGAUCCCUAUGCGCGAGGAUCGUACUCCUACGUUGCCACUGGCUCGAAGGGAGCUUCUGAUUACGACGAUUUGGGUAAGCCCGAAGGACGCGUGCUCUUCGCGGGUGAACACACCUGUAAGGAACAUCCAGACACUGUUGGCGGUGCGAUGCUCACCGGUUGGCGUGCGGCGCGUCAAGCGCUGGCGAUCGCUCGCGGAAAAGAGGUGCACGAUGAAGUGUUCAAUUUGGAUGAAAUGCGCGCGGCGAUCGCGAAGCGUAACGUCGAUGUGGAGUACGCAUUGGAUGAAGAGGAGAACGCGCUCGACCACGUCAUCGAUCCGAGCGAGUUGUAUCGUCGACGUGCGCAAGAAGAUUACCUCGCCGAUGCGGGUAAAGAGGAGGCAAAAAUCAUUUACCGCAUUAUGUCUGCGGUAGAAACUGGCGAAAAAGUUGACGUUCCAAUCGAAUUCGCCACUGUCAUGUUGAAAUUGAGAACCGUUCCGGGCCGAAGAGCGAUGAUCAACGCUUUGGUUGAUGACGUAAGCGCAAGCGAUCGCCGAGACUGGGCGCUGAAGCACGAGGGUUUGGCCCUUCUCAACGAAUGGAUGCUUGAUUCGAAGAAUCAUGCGAAGACAUCGGAGACUUUAGUGCUGAUGAGGCGCAUGUUGGAGCUGUUGUUGGUGAUUCCGUCAGAUCUCGCCGCGCUUCGUGCGAGCGGCAUCCCGAGGACGCUCAAGAAUCGCUUCCAAACGCACCAAGACGGACGCGUCCGUCAACUCGCACGUCAAUGCGGCCACAAGUGGAUGCAGGCACUUAGCCGUAAAUCUGCUGGUUUGCCGCCGAUUGAUGACGUGGAGGAGGAGACGAAGAAGAAGGUAGUGCCGGUGCGAAAGAAGCCAUCGCACCUCGGCGCAGCAGUGUUACUUGGGAACGCCACUGUCGAGCAAAUGGACGUCGCCAACGACGAUGCAGAAGAGACCAUCGAAGUCAAACACGUCAUCGAUCCGGUGAAAACCGCUGAGGAAAUUCAAGCGAAACGUGAUGCCAUGAUAAGCGCUGCGCACGAUUUACCGGAGGGCCAAGCCGCGCUCGCGGCGCGACAAGCGGCUGAACGCGCGGCGGAACAAGUCAAGGAAGCCAUGCGUUUAGCCGAAGAAGCUCAGCGCGCCGCUCGCGAAGCUGAAAUCGCGGCGACGGCUGGUGUCCGCAUGUCUAAGAAGAAUGUCAUCGCAUCGUUUGACUCAUUCAACGACGCAGCGAGCGCAAAGCGUGAACGCGCCAAGAACAAGAAGCGCAAGGCUGCGGAUGGCGACGAUGACGACGAUGACGACGAUGACGAUGAGACACCAGAAAUUUCACUUGACGACUAUCUCGCUAGAAUCAGAAAGCAAGUGCGUCAUUACGUGCACGAGCAGCUUCAAGACAAGCGCGAACGAGGAAUCGUCACCAAAGCCGAGUGCAAAAAACUCGAAGAAAAAGUCGUAGAGAAAAUUUUGGACAAUUCCGGUGGCGUCAACGACACCUCCAAGGCGUUCAUGACGAGCAAGCGCAAGGAAAAAAUCAAAAAUCUCAUCGGAGCGUACUGCCAAUCCACCGUGAACGCCCGAAAGAAGAGUAAACAUUCGCAAUAA